UAAAUUUGGUGGAUUCUUUUUAAAUUUUUAAACUCUUUGGCAGUCUUUCUUUUCACGUUCCCGCCCCAUUGUGCAGUCCGUCUUCUCUGUGUCUCAGCCUCUGGGUCUCCCUGGUCUGGCUCUCGCUCCGCCCCCGCUCCUCCUCUCCCACCUGAGAUUUUUCCCCGCAGUUUCCGGUCUCCCCUGGCGCCGCGCCUCCAGGUCUUCCCCUUCUCUGCUUCUCACGAUGCCUCACCAUUCCUCAGUUUCCUCUUCGCUGACUCUCAAGUUUCCUCUUCUGUUUCUCUUCGGUCUGCCCCCGAAACUUAUUAUUGCAAUUACAAUUUCCCCCGGAAUUCCUUAUCACUGUUAGUAGCACAAUUACAGGUCGUCACUGCUACUUAUCCCUCCUCCGUCCCCAGAUUUUAGCCCAGCAGUGGACUCUCCCGAGGGAGGACUGCAAACUGACCAACACGAUUAUGUGGAAUCGUAGGCAAAAAUAUUUUACCAUUCCAAAUGAUUCCUCUUUCACCAAAGCGUUCUUUCCAUAAACAGUAACACUCCAACUGCUUCCCUGCCGCUGCCCCUGAAAAUCCUCUCCUUAAAAGUUCUCAGUUUACUGACUGACACUUUAGUGCUUUCUGUCAUCUCCUUUAGCCUCCGCUCUUCCAACGGGGCUAAUCCUCCGCCUGUACGGAACAGACUGGACUCAAGAUGGCGGCUCCCUUGAGGAUCGUUGCUUGGGAGCAGCCAUAUUGCCUCCUGAACAAAGCGCCCCUUACGGAAGAGUACAGGCUCCAGCCCAGCGCUGCGCUCUCCCACAGGAAGCGAGAGAGGGCUCACCGAUAUGGAUGUGACAGUUGUCACCUUUAAUCUGUGAUGGGCGUCUCAUGGCCUGAUAAUCGAACUGGUGGUCAGAAGAGGUACAGGUUAAGUGAUGAGUGCAUCUGCCCUUUUGGAAGAGUACAGAAAAUGAAGUCCCAGGGGUUAGUAUCAUUCAAGGAUGUGGCUGUAGAUUUUACCCAGGAGGAGUGGCAGCAAUUGGACCCUGCUCAGAGGACCCUGUACAAGGAUGUGAUGCUGGAGAACUAUAGUCACCUGGUCUCAAUGGGGUAUCCAGUUUCCAAACCAGAUGUUAUCUCCAAGUUAGAACAAGGAGAAGAUCCAUGGAUCAUAAAGACAGAUAUGCCAUACUGGACUUACCCAAAUGCAAAUCACACAGAGAGGAAGAAUAUCGUUCAUAACUCCCAAUCAUGUAUUUUGGGAACUGUUUCUUUUCAUAAUAAGAUACUAAAAGGAGUCACACAGGAUAGUUCAUUUUACCCUAUUAUAAAAAUCUAUCCUGGUGAUGAACAGCUGCAGACCUGUCAGAAAAAUCAAGACAGAUUUUUCAAGCAAGUUACAUUUCUCAGUAACAAAACAGUGUUUGAAGCAUCAAGUCAUAAAUAUAAUGCAUUGGAAAAAAUAUUUCAAGAGUACAUAGAGUCAGAUAUGCCAAAAGAAAGAAUUCCUAAGUAUGAUUCAUUUAAAAAGAAUAUAAAACCAAAUUCUGACCUACUUCGUUAUAAGACAAGUAAUUCAAGAAAAAGCUUAGAUGAGAGUUUUGGUAGUGCAAAAACAUCAUCUAGCCACAAUUUAUCUAAUUCUGAUCUUGAGAAAUUACACGAUGGGGUAAUAACCUAUAAUGAUAAUUUAUGUGAAAACAUUUUCAUCAGUAAACAAUCCUUUAUUCAAUAUCAGAAUGUUGAAACUAAGGAGAAAACCUGUGUCUGUAUUACAUGUGGAAAAGCUUUUGCUAAGAAGUCACAGCUCAUUGUACAUCGAAGAAUUCAUACUGGAAAGAAACCAUAUGAUUGUGGUGCAUGUGGAAAAACCUUCAGUGAGAAGUUUCAUCUCAUUGUACAUCAGAGAACUCAUACUGGGGAAAAACCUUAUGAUUGUUCUGAAUGUGGAAAGGCAUUCUCUCAGAAAUCAUCUCUCAUUAUACAUCAGAGAGUUCACACUGGAGAAAAACCAUAUAAAUGUAGUGAAUGUGGGAAGGCCUUCUCUCAGAAAUCACCCCUAAUUAUACAUCAGAGAAUUCACACUGGAGAGAAACCUUAUCAAUGCAGAGAGUGUGGGAAAGCAUUCUCCCAAAAAUCACAACUCAUUAUACAUCAUAGAGCUCAUACUGGAGAGAAACCAUACCAGUGUACUGAAUGUGGAAAGGCCUUUUGUGAAAAGUCCCACCUGAUUAUACAUAAAAGAAUUCACACUGGUGAAAAACCAUAUCCAUGCACUCAAUGUGAAGAAGCCUUCAGCAGAAAAACAGAGCUCAUUACACAUCAGUUAAUUCAUACUGGGGAGAAGCCUUAUGAAUGUGCUGAGUGUGGGAAGACAUUCUCCCGUAAGUCACAGCUCAUAAUACACCAAAGAACACACACUGGAGAGAGGCCUUAUAAAUGUAGUGAAUGUGGCAAAGCCUUCUGUCAGAAAUCACAUCUCAUUGGGCAUCAGAGAAUUCACACUGGAGAAAAACCAUAUGUAUGUACUGAAUGUGGGAAAGCCUUCUCCCAGAAGUCUCACCUUCCAGGACAUCAGCGGAUUCAUACAGGAGAGAGACCAUAUAUAUGUGCUGAAUGUGGAAAAGCCUUUUCUCAGAAAUCAGACUUGGUUUUACAUCAGAGAAUUCACACUGGGGAAAGGCCCUAUCAAUGUGCUGUAUGUGGGAAAGCCUUCAUUCAGAAGUCACAACUCACUGUGCACCAGAGAAUUCAUGCAGUGAUAAAAUCAUAAUUAACUGACCACAGGAAAGCCUUCCAUAUUAGAUCAGUCCUUAAUAAUUAUUAGAAACUCAUUAACUUGAUAAGUAUGAGGAUGACAUCUUUAAAAAUAAAGUUAUACAAGGGAAUUAAUGUUUUUAGUGUAAUGGUGCCUGAUGUUUUCAGCUAAAAUGAUAGAAAAUAAUUAUGUAAAUGGACUUUUUUGAGACAGGGUCUCACUAUGCAACUUA